CGCGAAAAGAAAGAAAUUCGACAAAAAGGAGAACGACUACCUUCUUAUCUAUGAUAUAAUACCAAUCAUUUUGUUUGCACUAAGUAGAAAAUGCCAGAUGAGGAAAGAGUGAGGAAAAAACGACGAAAGCUCGAUUCCAUAAUCAGUAAACUGCAUCAGACGAAUCCAUCGGAAAAAGAGGGCACAGGAAGGGAAGAAAAGCAGAAUGAUGCAAAGAAAGAAAAUGUUGAUGCUAAUGAAACAGGAGAAUCACUUCCAAGGUCAUCAAGAAGGAAAGCAGCUGCAGCAGCAGUAAAACAAAAGCACCAUGACAAGGAACCAGUCACUUGCCAAGAAGGAGAGGUAGAUGAAGAAGCUCAUGGCAUCGAAAAUGGCAUGGAUAUUGAUGAGGAACAGAAAGUUCCUUGUAUUGAAGAAGAUUGUGUUAUUGAAGAGGUACCACCUGAUAAUGAUCCAGUGGUAAAACAAGAACCUGUUGAAAACUAUGAGAACUCCUUAGAUGGUCUUCAGAAAAUGCUGGGGUAUGAUAUUAGCGAAGAGGUACAGAAGCAGAAGGAACAGGGGGGUGAGAAGAAAAAGGAGAAGCAGAUUUCUGAAAAUUCAGAUGCUGAUGUUGAGUUACCCCGAAGAGUUCAGUGUACAGCUUGCGGAAGACAAGUGAACCCUGCUCAUGGUACUGUCUGUAGACACCCAAACUUGAAUGUCUUGGUGUGUAAAAAAUGCAGUCGGUACUUCAAUUCUGGGCCGUUUACUCGUGACGAAUUUGGUGUAGAGGAACAGUGUCGAUGGUGUGGUGAUGGAGGUUCGCUUCUCUGCUGUGACAAGUGCGAGAAGGCAUUUUGCAAAACUUGUAUUAAACGUAACCUUGGCAAGGCAAAGCUCAAAGAGAUCGUGGAUGCACCGGAAGACACUGAAUGGUUAUGCUUUUGUUGUAAUUCUAAACCUUUAUCGCAGCUAGUAAAAGCAUGUAAUCGAAUUAUGGACAUUCUGGAUUCGCGCAAAGCCCAAAAAAGUCUCUUUAAAUCGAAAAAGGGAUCUUCGUUAAAGGAGACCCCUAACCAAAAGGAACGACGGAGCAGACUGUGCAGUAUAAGUGAGAAUAUGGGAAUGAGCUCUGAUGGCGCAUUGUCACCCAGUGAAAGUCCAACAAAGAAGAGUGCGGCUGCUAAUCGCGUCAGUGUCAAUGAUGAUGAUUGUAAAGAUGACGAGGACGAUGGUGGAAAUGAUUCGGAUCGAAAGAAAGACAGAAAAUGCAGCUCUAAAGUUGCAAACAAGAAAAAUGGAAAGAAAAAUGGGUCUACUAAAGAGGAUGUUUUGGUGGUUGUUGACAGCGAUAGUGAUGAUGAUGUGGUGGUCACCAGCUCUAGGAGUAAAGGGAACAACAAAAAGGUUCAGGCGAAGAGUACAAGUAAAAACAAACCACAAAUGAGUGGCGAAUCAGUUGGGAAAAAUAACAAAAAAGACAAUAAGAAAAGCAAAGUGAAAAACAGUAGAACUAGAAAAGAUUCAUCAAGUGAAUCAGAUUCUCAUGAGAAAAACAAAGAUUUAAAGCGAAAGUCGAAAGCUGUAAAAAAGACGAAGCGCAAAGAUAAAAGUGAAGAGGAAGAUUCAGACUUUUCAGACUUUGUUUCUAUGGUGAAAACUAAAGACGAUCAUCAAAAGGAGAAGAAGGUUAAGAAGCAGAAAGGAAAAGGAAAGAAACAAGCCAUUUCAGAUUCAGGGAAAGAAUCUGAGGACGAGAGAGACAAUGAAAGAAGAAAGACACGCUCUAAAAAGGCAAGCGUGUCACAAAAACAAACUAGAAAACGCCCGCGGAGGGUAACUUCUUCAGAGGAGGAGUCCAGUUCCUCCGAUGAGGAGAAAUCUGACAGUGAUGUGCCAGCUAAAAAGAGGAAAAAACAGCAGGCUAAAAAGAACAGAAAGAUACAGAGGAUAGCUUCAGAAGACAGUGAUGAAUCUGAUGAAGAGAUUGCCAGCAAAAAGAAGGGCAAAUCAAGGAAGAAAACUAAAAGUAGUAGUUCUGAAUCUGACGACGAUAGUAAGAAGAAAAGAAAACGGAAGGGAAAAGGGAAAGAGAAAAAAGGACGAAAGAAACACCAAAUUGGUAAGGAUAAUGACGACUCGGAAAAUAAUGAAGACGAAGAAGAAGAAGAGGAGGAGGUGAGCCCAUCGAAAAAGAAAGGUCGUAAGAAAAUUCGGAAACUAAUUGAAGACGAGAAACUUGCCGAAGAAACCCGAAAGGCCAGAAGGCUCGAGGAAGAGAGGCGGAAACGCCUUUUAGAAAGGACUCGUGCCAGUGAACUUGAUGACUUGCCAAGUGAGUCGACCAAAGUCUCCACACUUGUUCUUGAGGCUGACCCAGACACCAAGGAGCCGUUAGUCCAGAUUAAAGAGGAUCUUCUGCAGCAUCUGAAACCUCAUCAAAGCAAAGGGAUACAGUUCAUGUAUGACUGUGUUAUUGAGUCGUUAAAGUCAUGGAAGAAAGAAGAGCCAGGUGGAGGCUGUAUACUGGCCCACUGUAUGGGUCUCGGCAAAACGCUGCAGGUCGUUGCACUUGUCCAUACACUGAUGACCCAUUCAGAUAUCAAGUUACAAAGGGUGUUAGUUGUGGCUCCUCUCAACACAGUGUUGAACUGGCAAGUCGAGUUUGAAAAGUGGCUAGCUGUGGAUGACAGGCUCGAGGUUUAUAUCCUUCAGGAAGUUGGAGGAAACAAUUGGCGUCGAGCAGACAUGCUCACACAUUGGAUGCGGUAUGGUGGUGUGCUGAUCAUGGGAUACUCGCUCUACCGUAACCUGUCACAAUGCUACAGGAUUAGAAGCAAACACCAGAAGAAGUUAUUCCAGGAAGCUCUGGUUGAUCCUGGUCCUGAUUUGGUAGUUUGUGAUGAAGGUCAUAUCUUGCGGAAUGACGCCAGUGCCAUCUCCAAAGCUCUCAAUGCCAUAAAGACAAAACGACGAAUUGUGUUGACUGGAACACCUCUGCAGAAUAAUCUCAUUGAAUAUCACUGUAUGGUGAGUUUUGUGAAACCAAAUCUCCUUGGUACGCGUAAAGAAUUUACGAACACGUUUGUCAAUCCCAUCCAAAACGGCCAGUGUGCAGAUUCUACAGCUCUUGAUGUUCAGAUUAUGAAACAACGAUGCCAUGUGCUUCAUAAGAUGUUAGAAGGCUGUGUGCAGAGAAAAGAUUACGCGGCGCUGAUACCUUUUCUUCCACGUAAACAUGAGUAUGUGAUCAAGGUUCGGUUAUCAGCAUCCCAGAGGAAGCUGUAUGAACAUUACCUCAAGACAUUUGUGUUUCCUGAUGGGGACGUUGGAAAAAGAGGGGUUUCCCUUUUCUCGGACUAUCAGUGUCUGAUGCGUAUUUGGACUCAUCCCUGGUGCCUGAAGCUGGAUGCUCUGCGACGGCCAGAACAGUUUGUCGAUACAGACAGUAUGGACGACUUUGUGGUACACACUGACGAAGAAGAAGAAGAAGAGGAAGGAUCAGAAAGCGUUCAGUCAACAACUUCAGAGGAAGGAGAAGACGAAGUUCAGUCUUCAUCUGAGAGUGAAGAUGAAAGAAAACGAGUUAAGGGCAGGAGAAGAAAGAAGUAUUCAAGCUCAGACGAGGAGGAAAGUGAUGACGAUGAAAACGAAAGCGAGGAUGAAGUUCUUCCGCAGUCCUCAAGGAAGAAAUCUGCGCUCGCCAGCAAAGCUUCUUCAGCUUCAAACAGGGCUGGCUCCUCUACUGUGAACAUUGGUGGAGAGGACAUAACAGUAGUGGAUAUCAACGAAGGUGCGAGUACCAGUCGUGUUGGACCUAAUUCUAGUAACAACGAUACUCGCAACAGCAAGAAAGAUGUUUCAGUGAGAGACGAUGCGUCACCGUCAACAAGUAAAGACAUACAAAAUAGCGAGACGAGCAGCAGUGUUUUUGGCAGCACACGGUCGGGGGCGUCUUUCAAAGACGAGCCGGACGUGGAGAUCGAGGAGGAAAAGGAAUGGUACGAUGAAUUCCUACAGGAAGAUGACGAAUACAACGUGGAACUUAGCGGCAAGCUUGUUCUUCUGAUGGAGAUCCUUGCUGAUGCAGAGGCGGUGAAUGAUAAAGUACUAGUCUUCAGUCAGAGCCUGGUUACCCUUGAUUUGAUAGAGAAGAUGCUUGGCGGUGGAGAAAUCGGUGGCGAUAGAGAGAACUGGUGUCGAGGUUGUGACUAUUUUCGAAUGGAUGGAUCCACAAGUGCGGCUAUGAGACAGCGCUGGGCUGAUAUUUUUAACGAUGAUGAUAACAAAACGGCUCGCUUGUUUCUUAUCUCGACCAAGGCUGGUGGACUGGGAAUCAAUCUAGUGGCAGCCAACCGAGUUGUGGUAUUUGACGUGUCAUGGAAUCCCUCACACGAUGUACAGUCAAUCUUCAGGGUUUACCGGUUUGGACAGAGCAAGGCUGUGUUUGUUUACAGACUUAUAGCACAGGGAACGAUGGAGGAGAAGAUAUACGAUAGACAGGUGACAAAGUUAUCUUUGUCCAGCCGAGUGGUGGAUGAACAACAAAUUGAGCGGCACUUUACUGCUGCUGAUCUACGCGAGCUGUACACGUUUACCCCGGAUGUUCUUGACGAGGAUAAGGAGGCGGAGAAGGAGAAAGAGAAGGAUGCCGGCGAGAAAAGCAAAGAAAAGGAAGAAGGAGCUAAUGUGACUAAUGAGGAAAAGGAAAAUGAUAAAGGCGAUGAGACAGAAAAGGAGGGCGAUAGAGUCAAUGAAACUGAGAGAGAAAAUGGAGAGAAGCAAGAAAAGGACGAGGAAGACUUAAGGAAUGGAGGAAAAGACAGUGCAAGCGAGCAAGCAAAAGGAAGCGAUAAACCCGAAGAGCGACCUUCCUUGCCUCUCCCAAAGGACGCUGUACUAGCAGAUUUGAUCGCACGCCUUCAUCCCAGAUGGAUAGUGAAGUACCAUGAGCAUGACUCCAUGCUACAGAACAUCGAGUCUGAAGAACUGACUCCGGAAGAAAUGAAGCAGGCAUGGGAAGCUUACGAAGCCGAGAGAUCUGGCCAAAUAGUCCCAGCACACAACCGCAAUCAGGAGCCUCCACCGGGGAGCCACGCCCACACUCAGAUGCAAGUGGCGCAGAGAAUCCGAAUAAACUCGGAUAUGUUGAAGCAGAUGCAGCAGAUUCAACAGCUGCAGGAGAUGCAGCAACGUCAGGAGAUGCAGGAGCGCAUGCAACGUGUACGGCAAGAGCAGGAACGGUUGUACCAGCAGCGCCACAGCGCUUUGUAUCAACAGCACCAGCGACAGCAGGACGAGAUACGCCGGCAGAAUGAACUGCGAUUCAUUCAACACAUGACGCAACAGCCUGCCGCACAGCGCUUCCAGAUCGGACAGAAUACAGUAAACGUGCAGACGACUCUUCCGCCGGCCCCACAGGCCCCCCAGGUGUCAUUUGCUCGGCCUGGUUUGACGUAUCAGCCUCUGAGGGUAGGUUUUCAGGUACCGGCGAAUGUUCGCCUCGCUGCCCCUGGAGCUGGAACUAUUCCUACCACAGGAACCCCAUCCACUAUAACCUUGACUCUUGGACCAGCUACGCAAGUCAGUACCGUCAGAACUUUGUCGAACAACGCGCAGGUUUCGCGGCCAUAACCGUGUUGUAUCUCAUUGUGAAAACGCUGCGUUUCGCGAGAAUAGGAAAUUUCGACGUGCAUAGAAAAUGUCUCUUGGACUUUCCUUUGUGAUAAAUGAUCUUCAAGGGCUUGUUUUUUAUUUUAAGUGAAGUGUUUAUAGAGGCUUAUAUUGGUAUAUGAUGUGUGACUUUAUGUAUCUCGGGAAAAUGACUUAAUGUUGCACUUAAUAACGGCCAAGGUAAUACUCACUCAUCAUAUGUCAUGCGUAGCGAUUAUUCUAAGCGCGGAAUACAUCAUACAGAAAUUAUAGUGCUUUCAUUAUUUAUCGAAAAUUAAAUACGAAGCAUUGAUAUAUAAAUGUGUCUGCUUUCUAACAAUCUCCUUUUCGGCGAGGGACUAUUCUGAUUCCGUUCUUGAGAGGGGGGGGGGUCGGGAGAAAGGUUGGCAGUUAUGCAAAAUGAUUCCUGAAAUGGAAAAUUCAGGGAAAUAAAUGCAGCACAAAAAAUUUAGGAAGGCAGACACAGGAACGAAAAAAUUUUUCCCUUUCGUUUCACCGUAUACGGCAGUACAAAAUCGCUACAUCGAACGUAUUUGAGGAUUAGUAACAAUUUUUUCUCGACGUGUGUGGCGGAAUUUGCAGACGCUCCAAUUUUUUUUUACUUGUUUAUUAUUUUUUUUGUAUUCUAACAUGUUUUUGAAUGAUUGACCGAUUUACUCUUCUAUUUCCCUUCGUGAGGUAUAUAUGCGUUGAACCAAUCGGCACUGAUUCUCGAUGUUUGUUGUGUUACAAGAAUCUUUCCAGCAAAUUUCUAUUCUAGACCCAAAGAGCACUAUCUUUUCCUUGCUGGUCGCAGUAGUAUUCGUUCUUCAGAGUAACGAAGAAACCUGCUUGGGGCAAGUACUGUUUAAUUGCACUCUUAUUGUUCUUUCUCCGCACGGUAAUUACGAUUCUCAAACCUGAACAGAUUUUUUAAAUGGCCACCGCGCUGCCGUUCAUGUUCUGAAGCAGAAAAUAAAUGUAAGAAUAUUCUCCUG